GGUGGCCAGCCCUGUGUUCCUGUCGACAAACAGAGAAACGGGAGAGGUGGAGUUCGGACUCCGCAAUAAUAUACCAGAAGAUCGACCGCUUCUCCUUAUUGGCAAUCAUCAGAUUAUGGGAGCUGAGCUGUUUCUCCUGACUGAAGAACUUUGGUGUGAAGCCAAUAUUCAAGUCAGAGGACUUGCACAUCCACUCACAGGAAUCGAUCCAUCUGAAGGCAACUUUGUAGCUAUCGGCGAUUUAUUCCGCUUGUUUGGUGCUGUGCCGUCUACAGGGAGCAAUUUGUACAAAUUACUUGCUAGAAAGGAGGUGGCUCUCCUUUACCCAGGAGGAGUGCGAGAGGCUUUUAAAAGGAGGGGGGAGAGGAAUAUGGUGCUGUGGCCAGAGCAACCGGAGUUUGUGAGAAUGGCGAUCCGACAUGGUGCCACCAUUCUUCCUUUCGCCGGUAUUGGUGGCGAUGAUGCUUUUGACUUUGUAUUCGAUACCGACGAAGUGGCCAAACUUCCCUUUAUAGGAGAAAACAUGGCGAGGGAUGCAAGGAAGAUUCAAGUAGUAAGGGUUGUAUGAGGCCGGUGCUUUAUCGGACCGCAAGCUCGUCAAGGACAUGUAUCUGAAAGUGAAAUCGGAAGUUGAAGGAGGAAUAGACUUUCUAUUACAGAAGAGAGAGCAAGAUCCGUACAACAACUUUCUGGCCCGCUUGGCAUAUGAGUCGAUACUGCCGGGCACCAAGGCACCAGCUUUUCGUUUGUGAUCGCUGCUGCACUGUAUUUCAAUCCGUCAAGCAAUUCAGGCCCUCCUUCUGCACUAGGCAGACUCCGUUUCAUUUCCUUUUUCUUUGCGUUUUCCUUGAAUUUCUUUGUAGAUUCACAUUUUGUGCACUCGCUCACGGCUUGUAGUCGUAUGCCUUGUCUCUCACAAAUGUUUCAUAACUUUAAUUUGUAAAGG